AUGGGUUUCAAAGCUGUCGUCGCUGGUGCUUCCGGAGGAAUCGGACAGCCAUUGUCUCUUCUCCUCAAGACUUCUCCUCUCAUCACCGAGUUGGCACUUUACGAUGUUGUCAACACUCCUGGUGUUGCCGCUGAUCUUUCGCACAUCUCGAGCCCAGCUAAAAUCACCGGAUACUUGCCAAAGGAUGAUGGUGCCAAGUUGGCGUUCAAGAACGCCGAUCUCAUCGUCAUCCCAGCUGGAAUUCCCCGUAAGCCAGGAAUGACUCGUGAUGAUCUCUUCAAUAUCAAUGCUGGUAUCGUCAAGGGUCUCAUUGAGAUCAUUGCCGACGUCGCUCCAAAAGCUUAUAUCCUUAUCAUCUCCAACCCAGUUAACUCUACUGUCCCAAUUGCCGCUGAGGUUCUCAAGGCUAAGGGAGUCUUUGAUGCUCAACGUCUUUUCGGUGUCACUACCCUUGAUGUUGUUAGAGCUGAGACCUUCGUUGCUGAAAUUGUCGGAAAGGCAAACCCACAAGAAUUGACUAUCCCAGUUAUUGGUGGUCACUCUGGAGAGACCAUUGUCCCACUUUUCAGCCAAGCUGAGCCAAAAGUUGACAUCCCAGCUGACAAAUUGGAUGCUCUGGUUAACAGAGUUCAAUUUGGUGGUGAUGAAGUUGUCAAGGCUAAGGAUGGUGCUGGAUCAGCUACUCUUUCUAUGGCUUACGCUGGUUUCCGUUUCGCUGAGAAGGUUCUCAAGGCCUUGAAUGGUGAGAAGGGUAUUGUCGAGCCAACUUUCGUCUACCUUCCAGGUGUUCCAGGUGGUGAGGCUAUUGCCAAGGAGACUGGCCUCGAUUUCUUCUCUGUUCCUGUUGAACUUGGCACAAACGGUGCCGAAAAGGCUCAAAACCCUCUCUCCAAGAUCAACGACGCCGAAAAGAAACUUUUGGCCGCCUGCGUCGAAGGUCUUAAGGGUAACAUUUCUAAGGGUGUUACCUUUGCUAAUGCUCCUCCUCAACAAAAGUAG